UGUGACAGUUUUAUUUCCAACUUCAAUAGCGUCAGGGUUAACAACUCUACAUCUUCAAUUCUAAAUUACUAAUUGUUUCCUGCUUUAAACGGCUGGGGCCUGCCUCGUUUUUGAAUGUGUUUAAACAGAAGAAGAAUUUUCGAGGUGGCCAGAAGAGAGUUGAUGAUGUAUAUGUAUAUAAGUCGUGUUAGCAGUAAUAAUGAGACACUGGCUGACUGAGUGGAAGAAUCAAGUCAACAACACAGAAGGGGAUAAGUAAAAGAUAUUGAUGUGAAUAGUUCUGGCCUGUAUACAACCACGUCGUUUAUCAAACUUUUACACAGCAGAAUGUAUAGACGAUAUUGAUAAACUAUUUGUUACAGCCACUAACAGUGUUACAAAAAAACUAACAACAGAUCGCUUAAAUCAUCAGAAAAUAACAGAACUUAGCGAACUCUAGUUGAUAUUGGUUUACAGGAAUCGUGGAAUACUGAUAUAUUUAAAAGCACCAGACAGUGUGCUGCCGGAUAGUUCAAACAAAUUACAGUUGUUUCUUAAAUUGAUCUGUUUAAAUACGCACCUUACAGAAACUGGAGAUAACGUGGUGGAAUUGGAGAUAACGGAGGAGAUACCUGGGGAGAACAGGAGAUAAUAUCCUGGGCUAUUUGUGAACAACAAACUGUAUUUUUUUGUAUUUAAAGGAACUCUGUUUCCCUAUUGCUGCCCUUUUAAAAGUCGUAUAAAGUUUAAAAGUGAAGACUUGGUGACAUCAGAUCGUCAACUGAAACCAUAUAUUUUUUGCAGAUAUUUUAACCUGUAAUGGGUUUAUCAUAGACUGAAAUUGGAGCCAUUCUGAACUGUGAAUUAUAUUCGUAAUCUGUUGAUUAUCUCUCAUUCACACUGCGUACUAUCUCCACGGGAAUCGAAGAAGGCGGGUAACAUAUUUCUUAGUGGUUAAAAUAAUAACACUACAUAAAUUACGAAAAUUUCAGAUUAUCCACGCUAUUGAUAGAAGAUCGUGUGAACGCGGAAGCUUGACGCGAUUCUUAACUUUCUCGCAUAAAUUAAGGACUGAAAGAUAUUCCACGUGUUGGUGUUGUCGGACCUCACAAUUCCAUCUUUCAUUCUCAGAUAAAGACAAAAUAACAACAUCGUCUAAUCCUCGAAGUUUGUCUACAUUUCGUUGGGUGUUAUUUCAACGGGAAAGUAUUUCGUAAUACAUAACUUUUAUAAACAUCAAUUAUAUGUGAAGACCGUGUGUUGGUGUUGACUGGCAGUUUAUUCCUGAUUUUAUUCUCAGAAAUUUGCAGGUUGUUUAACAACCAUUCCUAUAUUUUACCGCUCUCACUCUCUCAGAUAAAUAUAGAUUGGUGAAUUAUCUUAUCUCUUACCUGAUCGUGUGUUCAGGUGUCUUCGGGUGUAUUCACCAUUAGAUAGGACUUAGUAAAACGACAUUCUUUGUUUCUUGUGGAUAUUGAGGACGACAAGGACAGCUGUUUUGGAAGCAGGACACUCUCUCAGGACACACGGAGAUAGAAUAACACCAGGAGUGGAAUAUGUGGUAUCACGUGACGAUAUCAUCAUGUCUAUUUAUAGCACUAUCAGCUGUUUGCGUGCAAUCUUCUAACAAACCGUUUCAUGGACACAAAGUGUUAAGAAUAAAACCGACGUCAUAUGAACAAGUUAAAACUUUAACAGAUUUAGAACACGAUCUAAAGUUAGAUUUUUGGCAUCUACCUCACGUAGACAAUGACCAUAUGGAUGUACGAGUAGCCCCGAAGUUUGCUAAACAUUUAAACAACACAUUGCAAAGAUUAAAACUAGACUUUGAAGAAUUAAUUGAUGAUGUACAAAUUCUGGUAGACAGGGAAACAAAGAGCAAUAGAAAAAGACGUGCUAUAAGAGAGCUGCAAGACUAUACAAAACAUUUCUUAUCUUACAAUGAAAUUAAUGCCUUUUUAUUUCAAAUUGCCAACGUGGUACCCACGGCUGAGUUAAUCAACAUAAAUAAAACAAACGAACUCAGAGAUACCUAUGUUAUAAAAUUAGGUACGCCCAUGGGUAGAUGGAAACCAGCUAUAUUCAUAGAUGCAGGUAUACAUGCUAGAGAAUGGAUAGCACCUGCCACCGCAAUCAAUUUUAUAUACCAGUUAGCUAUAAAUCCAACUAGAGAUGCACAAAUAACCGAUUUAUUGAGAAAAUUUGACUUUUAUAUUGCACCUCUAGUCAACGCUGAUGGAUAUGAACAUUCUAGAAGUAGCGUCAAUAACAGAUUAUGGAGAAAGAAUCGAAGGCGUGCAUCUAAUAGUCGCUGUAUUGGUGUCGAUAUAAACCGAAAUUUUGGUUACGAAUGGAAUCCUGCUGCAGGAGGAUCGAACCAACCUUGUUCAGAUCUGUUCUCUGGUGCUUAUAAAUUCUCAGAACCAGAGAGUAGGAAUUUGAGAAAUUUUAUGUUGUCAAAGAAACCCGAUAUAAAAGGUUAUUUAACUCUUCAUUCUUAUGGUUUAUACUGGUUAUAUCCCUGGGGUUUCUCGGAUACAGAAACGGCAGUGGAUGAUAAUAAACUGAGAGCUAUCGCCAGAACUUCAGUCAAUGCUAUGAGUAAACAAUAUACCAUUGGUGCCUCUGCUAAAGUCUUAUAUGUUGCAGCUGGAGGUUCGGAUGAUUAUGCCAAGGCAGUGGCUGGUAUACCUUAUUCCUACACAGUCGAGUUGCCACCUUCCUCCGGUGCAUUUAACGGUUUUAUUCUGUCAGAAUCCAAAAUAGCAGAUAUUGCUCAAGACACACUCAAAGGAUUGAAAGCGUAUGCUUAUAGCAUCAAUGAUUAUAUUACACCAACGACUACAACUACGACCACAUCGGCUGCGCCUUCAUAUUAUUGGGGACCGUAUCAUCGAUGGUGGCAAUCUUAUUUCGGUUAAAAAAAAAAAACCAGCGGUGGUCGUUCAGCAAUAAAACUGAUUAAAGGGAGAUAAUUCA